AUGAAUAAAUUCAAGAAAAGAGAGAAGCAGACUAAAAAGUUGAUAAAAGCAGGGGUAUUAGGGACAUUUGCACUAGUGUUUCUCGCGAUUGUGUAUAUUCUAAAGAAAGCACCGUUGCCCAUUGAUGACUAUGAACAAAGUGUUGGCUCCAAAGCUGCUAACCAUGGCUACGGAUACUCAAGGAAUCUUCUCAAUGAAAACGCUGAGUGUCGAGACGUUCAUCAAGUAGAGGAUGUUACUCAGAGGUGUGCAUUCGUCUCUGCCACUGAUAGUUGUAAAGAGGACGACGGUUUCAUCCAGUACGUCGAUGUUGUUUACUGCAAGUUUCCUAGCAACCUGCUUCCGCUAGGUGUCACUGUUCUGUUCGUUUGGUGGCUGUUUAUCUUUAUUGGACUUGCAACAACUGCGGAUGAUUUCUUUUGUCCAGAUUUAGCCGUCAUCUCAGAUACUCUACGCCUUAGUCCCAAUGUGGCUGGGGUGACCUUCCUAGCUUUUGGGAAUGGAGCCCCAGAUAUUUUCUCUGCUAUCGCUGCCUUUUCUAGUUCCUCGGGUGGAGAUGCUGGUCUCGCCAUUGGUGGUCUGUUUGGUGCUGGUGUGUUUGUUACGACGAUAGUAGCGGGAACCAUAGCAAUAAUCUGUCCGUUCGUCGCCAUGCAGCGCCCCCUGUUGAGAGAUUUAAUUUUCUACCUGGCUGCCCUUUUUUGGACGUUUGUGAUAUUUUACAGAGGAAAAAUGUUUUUAUGGGAAGCUAUUGGAUACAUUAUGCUGUACUUCAUAUAUGUAAUUGUUGUGAUCCUUUCCCAGACUACUUUCACGAAGCAGAAGGACAGUAGGAGAAAAUCUAUGAUGUCAACUGUUGAGAUGCGAGGCCAUAGACCAUCUAUACAACUAGAGAAGACAGCGGACGGCACUUCUGUCGUGAGCUUGCCUGACUCUAAUGCUAGUGUUGCCCAUGUAGAAGAUGGAGUAGACACGUAUGGGGUGGGAUCUUUGAGAUUGGUGAUAUCUCCUCUAGAGAUAGACCCAUCUAGUUUAGAUGGUCAGGUAAAUCCCACAAAGAAUACUAUUGCUGUGACAGAGGGAAAUGAUAACCCAGCAUUCAAUAACAAUAAUGAGGACAUCGAAAGCAAAACUAUAGAUGUAAAUGGUAAUAUGAAACAAAGAAGAAGUGGAAGCGUGGAGAAACAGCAAAACGGUAGCAUCAAAACAGCUGAUAAAACAUCAGAAUUAAAUGACCAAGAAACUGUAUUUACCAUCGAGGACAAAGUUGACCCCAUACCACGUGCUAACGACGAAGAUAUUGUACAAGAAGUCCAAAAGGAUCCAAAUGCAGAUCUCAAGAAUAAUGUAUCACUAAACAAACUUCGAAGGCAAUCUAGUCAAGUAUCAUUCAAGAUGAACGGAGAUGAAACAGUAGAUACCCGAAGAUAUAGCCUUGCAAUAGAAUCAUCUGAAAUAGCUGAACUUGAAAAGAUUCGAAAGAGGGCAGAAGAGGAGGGUGAAAAAGUAGAAAAUCCACUGGGAGAAUUUUUAGCAAAAAUUAAUCCUAUAAAUACCGAAGACUGGAGUGAAAUGAAGUGGUAUGCUAAAAUAUACGAAUGCUUCAAGGCACCUAUAAUGUUCCUGCUCAUAAUCUCAGUGCCAGUUGUGAAUUUCGAGGAGGAAAGAAAUAACUGGAACAGACACCUAGUUUGUCUAAACUGUUUUAUAGGACCAACUUGGGCCAUUGUAGGAUUUCAAGUUUAUAGCACAGUCCUUGGUGGUGUUUUUCCGCUGUUUGGAGUGACACUUAUUGUUGGAUUUGCUUUAGCAGCCCUUGUAUAUUUUACCUCAAAGAACGAGCGACCACCAGUAUAUCACAACGCGUUCGGUUUCCUUGGAUUCAUUGUUGCAAUAGUGUGGAUCUACGUCAUGGCCAAUGAGAUCGUGAACCUGCUCAAAAUGUUUGGUGUUGUGUUCAACAUUAGUGAUGCUAUUCUAGGACUAACAUUGCUAGCGUGGGGUAACAGCGUAGGCGAUUUUAUAGCUGAUACUGUAAUGGCAAGAAUAGGUCGACCGAGAACUGGAUUUGCUGCAUGCUUCGGAGGACCAUUGUUUAAUCUUCUAUUGGGAGUUGGGAUUCCAUUUACAAUAAAGAUUGGUGGUAAAGGAUCCGUUCCAUUAGUGUAUUCUUUACAACAAGUGAUAUUAACGGCCGGUCUUGGAGCGAGUCUGGUAUCUUCCUUUGUUAGUAUCCCACUCAUCUUCAAAUUCAAAAUUAACAGAGCGUAUGGACUUUAUUUAGUACUUUUAUAUGUAUCUUUUCUCGUGGUAGCAAUAUUGGCAGAGGUAGGAGUGAUCAAAGGAAAACUGAAAUUUAUUUGAGUUGACAGAGGUGUGUCACUUUAGGUGACUUAUAUUUGUAAACGGAUACGAGUGGUAAAGCUCUAAGGAGGCUUAGUUUGAAAUUGUGAUCAAAACGAGCAUUUGGUCUGUCUUGAUAUGUGGUGUCGAGCUGCACAAGGAGUCGUAGGUACAUUGGGCUAAAAUUGUGAUAGUACAACAGUUCAGAGUAAGAUGAAGCGCAAAAUGUUUCAAUUUUUUCCAGUCUAUAUAUUUUACUUAGAUAUCAAAAGUUUACAUGUCCGAUUUGGGCAUACCUUUCAAAUAUGUAGUCCUGCGAUGUUAGAUUUAUAAAAUCGACGAUCCAUAGAUCCAAAUCGUAUUGUUAUGCUCAAAUCAGAUACAAUCUCGAACACUCUACAUCUACCAUUACAUGAUAGACGCUCUCAUAUUUAGGGUUUAUAUAAUUUCUUAGCCAUCCCCGCCCAAACAUCAUUAAUACGAAAUCAUUUUCAACAGAAAUCAUUUUCAAUCAGAUUGAUGUGAUUUCAUCUGCUUAAUUAAAGUAUUCUCCAACUGCUCAAAAUUACAUUGUACUAAUACAUGCAAUUAUCAAUACUUUUUUAUUUUAAUGAUGUAAAUAGUGUUAUUGACUGCUAUUACAAAG